GCCUAUAAGUGAACAAUUAUUAGAUGUUAGUGAAAGAAAAGUUGUUUCCUUUCAGCUUUCAUAAAGAAAACCCACCACCAAAGCAUACCUUCCCUCCUUUUAUAACUCAACUCUCUUCUUUCUCACUAAGUUUCGCAUCCCCGCCUCCUUAGUCACCAAGAAAAUUAGUCCUAUUCGCCCUCCUCCAUAUUUAAACCCUCUUGGUUGUCUUUUCUUAUCAAACCUUGAAGCAAUACUCAGAAAGCUUAAACCUCCAUCAGAGUAGAGAGAGAACAAAAACGAGAUGAGUGCCGAUUGGGGGCCGGUUGUUGUUGCAGUGGUUUUGUUCAUCCUCUUAUCACCAGGGCUAUUGUUCCAGCUACCAGCAAGAACAAGAGUGGUAGAAUUUGGGAACAUGUACACUAGUGGGAUUGCCAUUCUUGUUCAUGCUGUUAUAUACUUUUGCAUAAUCACCAUCUUGAUCAUUGCAGUAGGUGUUCACAUACAUGUCCACUGAUUGUAGAAUUCCUUUCUUUCGCGGGGAUGAGUAAUCAAUCAGAAACACUCUAGGCGAAGGCCACUUCUUUAUCA